UGAUUCGCUGGUCUUUAGCAUCAGUCUCACUAAUGUUGAUCUUGGAGUCUGUGAGGAAGUCUGAAGUAGAGUCUGCCAAUGGACUCACUGAAGGCAGCACGUCUGUGUUCGUGUGGUGUGUUGAAACCUAAUGAGCUUGCAAAGGGAUACAACAGAGGCAUUCGCUGCCACAAAUGUAACGCUCUCAUUCUAGAAUGGAAGAAGCGACAGCAGGAAAUGAUGGCCAAGCCACAAGAAAGAGCGAAAGUCAAGGGAGAGGCGGAUGCGUUUGUUCAACAACGUCCAGUAAACACCAGCAUUCCAGUAGAUCCAGAUGACUCUAAUCCAUCCAGAUGUGCCAUGAACAAGAAGAGGAAGAUCAUUGUAACUGUCCUCAUGGUGCUUACUGUCUUAGCGAUCAUUGCUGUUGCCGCUUAUUUUGUGAAGGUGGCCAUCACAACAUACUAUUUCUUCUGCUCCAAAUCUUUUAAGUUCAUUUCUGUGGAUUUACAAUGCAACGGGAUCAGAGACUGUUCCAGUGGUGAAGAUGAGAUUGACUGUGUGAUGAACACUACCUUCCAAAGAGAAUAUCCAGUGCGCAUUUACGGACCCAAAUCCAUUCUACAGGUGAAGGAUUCAGUGUCUCUAAAGUGGACGAGUGUGUGUUUUGAGAACUGGAAACCCAAACUUGCCCUAGUCGCCUGUUCCCAGCUCGCCUUCACCAGAUCCCCCAUAGUUGUUCCGAUGAACUUGGCCAACUGGCCCAGACACAAGGUCAUCAAUGUCAACCACGCUACAAACCCUAGCUCCAUCCAAAGUGUACUAAAGGAAGGGACUUGCACUUCCAAUCAGAUUGUGUCCCUUGUCUGUGCACAGUGUGAGCGGAGUGCGAGUGAACGUAUUGUGGGAGGGACUGAUGCCGACAUUGACGAAUGGCCGUGGCAGGUCAGCCUCCAGUACAAGAACCAGCAUCUGUGUGGAGGCAGCAUCAUAAACUCCAAGUGGGUGAUCACUGCCGCACACUGCUUCCCAGAAGAAUAUCAGCAGAUAGCAAACUGGAAGGUGUUUGCUGGAAGUGAGACCCUGUACUCUGGAGGGGAAACCUAUUCUGUCAAGAAAAUCAUCACAAACGGGAAUUAUGACCCGGUGACCAGUGACUUUGACAUUGCGCUGGUGAAAGUGAGAUCAUCUCUGCCCUACACAGAUUUCAUCCGUCCAGUUUGUUUACCCAACUAUGACAUGCCCAUUCAGACGGCGAAACCAUGGGUCACAGGCUGGGGUUACAGGAAAGAAUAUGGUGAAGUGUCCAUCAUGCUGCAGCAGGCCAAUGUCACAGUAAUUAAGCGUCCUGUCUGCAAUCAGAGGGCGUUUUACUCUGGAAGGAUCACGAAGCAAAUGCUGUGUGCAGGUUACCUGGCGGGUGCAGUGGAUGCAUGUCAGGGAGACAGUGGCGGCCCGUUGGUCUACCGGCACCAGUAUUGGCAACUAAUUGGUAUCGUGAGCUGGGGCAGUGGGUGUGCACGCGCGGGCCGGCCCGGAGUUUACACUGAUGUGACUUCUCUACUCGACUGGGUCUAUAAUGCCAUGCAUGUGUACGGGUGAAGGCUUUGGGUAAAUUUUCACGCCAGUCCUGGGUUUCAUUUUCUGGGAUCCUGGGAGAACAUUGCCCCAGCAUGACCAUCGGUGAUGGACUCUCCAACUAGAUCCGAACUGCUUGCGUAAGAUGCUGAUGAGGUGUGGCCUGGACUGGCAGAAUACAAGGACCACAGCCCCAGCCCACUCACAGGCCCUCGUCAAAGCUCACACUCAAUGGGGUCUGAAGCCAACAUGUGGGUCAUUGUUAAUAUUGUAUAUUGAAGAUUGAAUACAAACCGACAGCAGUUUGUUUUUUUGCAGUUUUGAUAUCUAAAAACAUAAAUGUAUAUUGACAUAUUACUUGAGAUGCCACAACGAGCCAAAUGUAAAUCUUUGUCAGUGUCCUCCAAAAUGCCUUUAAAAUCUACAUUAACAAUUUUACAUCAAAAAUAUUUGCAGAGAGCUAGUUUAUUAUUACAUUCUUCUUGAUUUAAUUAUGACUGUCAAAUGAGAUUUGCGGGUUUUUGCAAAGAGAAUUUCAAGAUUGCCAAUAAAAAAAAAAUCCAACGUUGGAAAUGAAGGUUUGAUUGCUGGUCUUGAUGGGUCAGUGAUCACAACUUUAUCUCACCCAACUCUGCCACCAGAAGUCAAAGAACCAUUUUAUAUGUCUGUUUUGAAACUAUAUAUACUUGAGUUGAGGAUUGUUGGUGCCCAGAGAUUCAGUCUUGACCUGUUUUAUGCACUGUCUUGAUAUUGUAGCCUUUAUAUACAACACCCUGUGAAAUUGGAACAUUGAUAUACAACACCCUGUGACAUUGUAGCCUUUAUAUACAGCACCCUGUGAUAUUGGAGCAUGUAUACAAGGAUAUAUUUUAUUAUGCAAGGUAAAUAUUGCAGGUUCUCAAACAUUACAUGCAGGGUUCAACAUACCUCAAGUUGUCCAACACACUAGUUUUUGUCCAUGUGAGAUUCGUCAAAGUCAAAUUGAGUUUUGGGCUGCGUAUUUGUGGUUAGAAACUAGAGCCAACUUGCCCAGAAUGAUGAGCCGCACACCAGAUCUAGAUUUCACCCCAGGGCCUGGAGCUGAACAUCUGUGUAGAGGCCUUCUACAGCUGGAUUAAGAGGUAGCAAACUUUAAUCUGGCAAACCCUAUCCUCGGGGUGAAGUCCACCCCGAAUGUCUUUAUGCCGAUUUCUGUUGUCUCCAUAAUCUGUAUUGUGGAAACUUGAUGGAUUUUUCAUUGUGUUCUUCCAGAACAAAAUAUUUUUUUUAAUGAAAUUUUAUUUUGUAAAGGCAUUUAUUUAAAUGGAAGUCAUUCUUUUGUUGACAUUUUAUUAAAUUGCGCAGGCAAGGAUGUGGAAGAUGUAGUGUCCAGGCUUGGUGUGAUAGCAUUGGUGUGGUGUUUGUACCCAUUUACCAGCCAGCUCCUCAAUCAUUCCAGUGAGAGCUGAUCGCUGCCAGAACAGUGGUGAGGGGAGCAUGGAGUGUUGGGCUACAAGGAGUCUCAGUGCCCUUCGAUCAAAGAGCGGGAAAAAACAUGCCAAGAUUUCUAGGGGACAUUGGGCAUAGGACAAGUUAAGGAUCGGGCUAUGAUACAUUCCCUUCUCUCCAGAUAUCCUGUCUGCUUGUGCUAUCUGGAUAGCCCAUGUUGAAUAGCCAAGUGUAAUGUUGUUCAGCUGGCAGUGGGCGAGGACUCGAGUAUCUUUCCUUGGCUACAAAGCAUUUUCUACAUAUUUAUAUUGUUUAUUCAUUCACUGUAAGUGGUGCCUGGAGGAUGUAGCCAAUGCAAAGAACCUUCAGUUUACUCAGUUUGUCUGUUUCUCCAUCUCUUAUUUCCAUUUCUCUUCUGCUGCUAAUUAGCUACAAGGCCAAUGGUUAAAGGCUGGCAUAAUCCUCCUGGAUUGUAUUCCUUGCUGGCAAUGUGGCUCUCGUUUGACCUUGAAAUCUUGUGAAAACGUAUUUGUCAAAAUGAGAUUGUUUUCGAUUGUUUAAAAUAAAUUGAUAAUUGUAA